GGGAACCCCGAGCCUCCCUCCCCGGGUGACUCAGCCAGCCGGGAGCUCCCUCUGCAGGAGCCCGGCGGGGCCAAGCCGGGCAUCCCAGGGCACCCCCGGGAACCAGCCGCUCUCGGGGCAGCGCCGGUCGGCGUCUCCAAGGGCAGCCCCAGGAGGGCGGGCUCUCUGGCCCCGGAGACCCUCCCUCGCCAAAGCGAAAGGAAUUCACGGCAACGCCUGUCGCGAGGGGAGGGGGCCGUCCCGGCCCGCGUGGGUGGAGGGCCCUUCCAGGGACCUGCAGGGCAGGGCGAGGGACGAGGUUUUCGUCUGUUCGUCCCGACCCGUGCCAGGCUGGGCUUCCUACGCGUUGCGGCCUUUGUCUCUGUAGGCCAGAUCCUGGGGACCCAACACGGUCUUCCGGGCUGCUCAUUUUAUUAAGAUUUCCCCAUUUUUAAAUCGCUCUUAUUCUAGUGAAAAUGCCAGCCAGGUUUGAUGAAUUGUAUGCAUCUUUCCUUUGAUCAGAUCUCUGACAGAGCAGGUAAGUCGUGCCUUAUCCUGUUUGCAACACGCAGCUCCUUAGCAAUUGACUCAACUUUCCUAAUCCAUACAAUCCAGAAUGCCAGGCAGGACUGUGUCUUUUCCAUGAAUCAGUCUUAAGAUUUCAAUAAGGAUAUUCAAAAAUGGAGGAAGAACUCUCUCUCUCUCUCUCUCUCUCUCACACACACACACACACACACACACGCACAACACACAUCAUUCCCCUGCCCCACUGAGUUCCAAGGGCAUAAUGUUUCUGACCCCUGGACUAGAUGGCUGUUGGCAGGGGUUUUAUCAACUGUCAGAAUCCGGUAAGGCUGCCUGACCCACCUGCUCUGCUCUCCAAAAAGGGAAAGAUCUUGGAGGACCUGCACAUCUGCACCCAAAUCCAGUUUGUCAGAUUUGUGCGGAGUGCGUGGACAGGAAGAAAAGACUCCACGCUGUUUGUCAAAGACACAACAUUUAAGCACAUUCCUGUCCGGAUCUACCAGCCCAGAGCACCCUCCGCCGGCCGAAGGAAGGGGAUCGUGUACUUCCACGGAGGCAGCUGGAUAUUCGGCAGCGUGGGAAGCCAUGAACAUAUCUGCAGCUAUUUUGCCAGAGAAAGCGACUCGGUGGUUGUGUCUGUGGAGUACCGCUUGGCUCCUGAGCACAGAUAUCCUGCCCAGUUAAAUGAUUGCCUUGCUGCUACCACACACUUUCUGAAGGUUGCAGAAGACUUUGGGGUGGACAGCACCCGUGUCAUCAUUGCUGGAAAUGAUGUGGGUGGAAAUCUUGCUGCCAGAGUUUGCCAAGUCAUAGCAAGUGGAUUGGGCCCCACAAAAGUACAUGCUCAGAUCCUCAUCUGUCCCAUCCUCCAAGCUGUAGACUUCAACCUGCCUUCCUACCAGCAGAACCGAGCUGUGCCUGUUUUAUUCAGAGAACGGGCUGCUUUCUAUAUGCUGCAGUAUUUGAUGGGAGAAGCUUUGCUCCUGGAAGAAGUCUUGGAAGGUUCCCACAUCCCAAUGAGUUUAAAAUUGCAGUAUAGGAAGUGGCUGAGUGCAGAUCACCUCCAGAAAGAAUUUAAGGCCAGGGGUUAUAAACCUACUAUCUUCGUUUCUUCCAGAGAUGAAGUCUAUGAAGCAGUUAAGAGCCUGACUUUGCCAGAAUGUUCACCACUUUUGGUGGAAGAUGACGUUCUUUCUUUGCUUCCUGAGACAUUCAUUUUGACCUGUGAAUACGAUGUCUUAAGAGAUGAUGGACUGCUCUACAAGAAACGCUUGGAAGACAAGGGCAUCCUGGUGACUUGGUGCCAUAUUGCAAAUGGAUUCCAUGGGAUUAUAAACUUUUUUGACAGAGGCUGGUUCAGUUUUCCGUCUGGGAAAAAGGGAAUGGAUGAUAUUGUCAGCUUCAUUAAAAGCUUAUGAAACAACAAGAGUAACAACAGCAACAACAACUUCCCUUAGAUCUUGAUAUUUGUGAUAUGUUUGGUUGUGAGCCGCCCAGAGUCCCUCCUUGUGGGGGAGUUGGGCGGUGAUAUAAAUUUGAUUUAUAAUUAACUAAAUAAAUAAAUAAAUAUUCAGUCAGGACAUAGAAAACAUACAUUUGUCAUGAAUUCAGUCCAGUUAGGACCAGCCUGAGCACAAAGCACUGAAUUACUUUGGUGUUUAGUAGUAACCAAGCAGAGACAUCCUCUGGCAUUUCCUCCUCCUCGUCCUCAUUGGAUGGGAUGCCAAAGCCCUCGCUUUCCACACUUCCUGCAAAGGAGGGGAGAGUGUUGGUGGCGUUCUCUUGGGUGGAGCGUGGGGCUUUCACACUUGCGUCAUAACGUGGUGGCCAAGAGAUGCGGCUAUGUUGUAUUUUCUUACAAUGCUGGAUUCAGUGUCUGCUGUUUUAAUGGAUUACUCUAAAUUAGUAGUUCAUUGUGGUAUCUUAAACAGACACGGCAUUUGUUUUGUUUUAUUUGCACACUGACUUAUUUGGAGAUUGCAUAAUAAAUGUUAGAAACAACAUUAUGGAAACCAGUCCGUGCAGAUUUAUU